AUGCAUCUUACAGAGGCGCUAUAUUUCUCUCACCAGAAAGAUAGUGUAGAGUACAAUACGUUCUGUCCCGCCAGCAGGUCUCAAGCGCGCGAACAAAGGCUGUUCGUUCAACCCCAGGUAACCAAACAACAUAUUCGUAUAUCUUCAAUUGGUCUCUGUGCCGGACUAAUUAGACGGGGAGAAUUCCAGCAGAUGGAUUCGCGAGGUCUCAAAAUAUAAUCCUGUUGUUGAUGCGGUAAAUCAAAUCGCUCUCGACCGUAUACUUUAGGCGGGAAAUGCCUCCAGUCGAAAAAUCAUGGGAAAUUGCAAAGAUUCUUGUCUGUCAAGAAUAGCCGAGCUUGACAACGACAUUCGGGAACUAGUAAAGGAUAAUAAUUGUAUAAGUUAACGAUGGAUGCCUCAAAUUUCAGUCAAAAGAAAGAGUCCAGACAAAGAGCGGUCUCCUAAUAUAAAUUAAUGUGAAUUCAAUUUUUCGUGCCCUCUUGGGUAGUGUAUACCUGAGGGUUGUUUUUAAUCUGUUCUAUACCCUACUGGGUAGUGUAUACCUGAGGGCUAUUUUUAAUCUCUUCCAUACUCUCUUGGGUAAUGUAUACCUGAGGGCUAUUUUUAAUAUGUUCUAUACCUCUUGGGUAGUGUAUACCUGAGGGUUGUUUUUAAUCUGUUCUAUACCCUCUUGGGUAGUGUAUACCUAAGGGUUAUUUUUAAUCUGUUCUAUACCCUCUUGGGUAGUGUAUACCUGAGGGUUAUAUUUAAUCUGUUCUAUACUUCUUGGGAAGUGUAUACCUGAGGGUUGUUUUUAAUUUGUUCUAUACCCUCUUGGGUAGUGUACCUGAGGGUUAUUUUUAAUCUCCUGCAUACCCUCCUAGGUAGUGUAUACUUGAGGGUUGUUUUUAAUCUGUUUUAUACCCUCUUAGGUAGUGUAUACCCGAGGGUUUAUUUUUAAUCUCUUCUAUACCCUUUUGGGUAGUGUAAACCUGAGGGUUACUUUUAAUCUGUUCUAUACCCUCUUGAGCAGUGUAUACCUGAGGGUUAUUUUUAAUCUCCUGCAUACCCUCCUAGGUAGUGUAUACCCGAGAGUUAUUUUUAAUCUCCUCUAUACCCUCUUAGGUAGUGUAUACCUGAGGGUUAUUUUUAGUCUUUUCUAUACCCUCCGGGGUAGUGUAUACCUGAGGGUUAUUUUCAAUCUCUUUUAUACCUUCCUGGGUAGUGUAUACCUGAGGGUUAUUUUUAAUCUCUUCUAUACCCUCUGGAUAGUGUAUACCUGACGGUUAUUUUUAAUCUCUCCUAUACCCUCUUGGGUAGUAUAUACCUGACGGUUAUUUUUAAUCUCUUCUAUACCCUCUGGAUAGUGUAUACCUGAGGGUUGUUUUUAAUCUCUUCUAUACCCUCUUGGGUCUUUACCCUCCUUACACGACAGACGCGUAAGACGAUAUUCAUACGUGUGAAUUUGUUCACAAUGACCUAAAAUGCGAUAACGGUGUUUCAGACCAGCUUCUCCCCUGUUAUAGUCGAUUUUGGCAAUAGUGAUGUCUUCGGUAAAGCUAAAAAUGCCGUUCCAAAACCUUCGUACAAAAAAGGUCAUUAUAAGAAUAGUUGCAUUGCGUCGAAGCUUGUAGACUGAACGGGGAGACCAUCAAUGGAAAGCGAUGUGUAUUCUCUGGAUUAUCUAAUCAACACAGUUUCUGGACUUUAAAAGUUCAAAACCAUGACCUGUGUAAAGAAGGGUUUGUCGGAGUUAGCCUUAGAUUGGCCCAGGUCUUCGAUCAUGGAGGUGAAAUCAGCUUUACCGAUGCCGCUUUUUUAGGCUAUUUUUAAGUUUCUUCUUUUUUACGUGUUUUAAAGUGUUCCUGUUAUAUGUUUAUUUCUAACAUUUGGUCAGGACUAUUAUUGGACCUUGUGUUAACGAUUAACUGUUGUCUUCUUUAAGACAUUUAUUGUCCCUACAGAGAAAAUAAACUUAGCGUGCCGCCCCUUAGGUUUUUUCGAAUUAGACCCGUUAAGUUUGUAUGAGGCAUUUCUCUGGACUCUUGUUUCUGGAAAGUGAGCGAACAGAGUAGAGUUGUAUCUUGAAAAUGAUUAGAAAUGUAAUCAUCGGAAGUUGCGUUUUUUUCCAUUUCAUUGGAGGGGAGCUUUAUUAACUUUUUUAUAGCGAUUAUCGGAUGUCCUGGAAUGUUCAUCGAACACCUCAGCCACCAAGAGGCGUCAAACUCUGGCUUGACUUACUUAUGCAAAUUAGCUGGCUGCACAUUGAAUGUGCAACCAGCUAAUUUGCAUAAAAAUUUUUUCCGACGCAAAGCUCGUCAUGCGGGCGGAUUUAACUUUGUAUUCAAGUGACUGUAGCAGACAUACUUUUAAUCAGCAAUUACUGGUUCGUGUAUUUAUUUACAUCAGUUCCAUUUGCCAAUAUAUCUCCCUCCAUUGCAACUUAGACAAUGAAGAGAAAUCAGCUUAGCAUUUGAGCUGACAAUCAAUUCUCUAUAAACUGUGUUCAGCUUAGGCUAAACUGCAGGGAACGUUUAUGGCUCCUUUUGUAGAGCAUUUCUAACACAAAUCGUCGAGGAGCAAUUUCGUUUAGGCUUGAAUGUUUUCCUAGUCUUCUUUUCGAAAUUCCGCAAAUAGGUGAUUCUGUAGUGAAGAUCGACUUCACAGCGAGACGAAUACACUCUUUUCAGUCUUUCGGAACGUUUACUAACUCAGAAGAAGGUCUCAAUAUGGUAAUGGCUCUUACGGCUAGCGACUAAAAUUUUGGCAAUUUUACUGCUAACGAUUAUUUUCUUUCCGUUGCAAUUAAGAUAAAUGUUACGCUUCAUGCUUUAAGGAAAACAAUUUCGUAGUUGAUUUUAAAAAAUGCAUCAAUGUAGGUCGCUUUUAAGCAAGAGGCCCAAAUAUCUAUGUAUUUCGUCCCAGAUUACCCCAUGCUUGUCAGAUGACAUAAUCAUGCAUCUUUUUUUCUUCACAUUAAUAGUGCUAUUGUUAUGGGCAUCGUACAAUAUCUCCAAGUCGUGCUGUUUGUAUUCAAUUUGACCCUCUCCACUGAGGCACAGAGAAAAGUAACAUGUCAAAACUUCAAGUUUGCUAUCGAUGACGAUGUCAUCCAUAACCAAAUUCUUGAGGGUCACUUGUUUGAAAGAUUAACAGUCCCAAACGCCAUCCAGUGUCACUUGAAGUGCAAAGAUGACUGCCUUUGUGUAUCCAUGAAUUAUUUUCCUCUGUCCAAAGAAAACAAUUGUGAGCUCAACGAAGCUAACAAGGACAUGGAGCCAGCGGCGAUGAAAUGGAGGCAAGGGGGAAAUUAUUAUGAUUUGGUUAGAAGCUACACGGUGAAGGUGAGAUAAGAUUAUUUAUCUAAUGUUUUACUCAUUUAUUUAUGAACUUUCAUAAACAAAGUAAAUAUCCCAAGAUGUUCAAGUUCGUAAAUAAAAUAAAUAUUUCCACAUGAUAAAGUUUUGCGGUACUCCUUAAAAAAAAGGUCUGUUAUAUGUCAGUCUUGGCUAAAGACAAUUUUGUGCAUAUCGUUUUGUCUGCGAUAUGAUUGGUCUAGACAAAACCAAAACAAACUGAUUUGGCUAAGAGAGGAUUGGGUUCAUUGUCUUUCUCGCAAACUUUUUUCUUAACGGCCGUGUUGUAAUGCGAAGGGAACGGCAGAACAGAAGUGACAACAAAUUGCAUAAAGACACCAUUGACUUAACCAUUGCUGUAUUACUGCAUUUCAAAUCUAAUUUUGAUGGACAUUUCAUCUCCAUUCUGGCACCCCGCUAUGUGUUGUAGGCACACGUACUUUGCUCGCACUGUUUGUUAUCGAUUCGAUCCGUUUCCGGUGAGAGUUGUUGAUGGUUGCUACAACGCACAUGCCAACCCAAUUCGAUGAGCAUGGUGAGCUAAAACAUCCUUUAAAUGUCGCUGUAGGGUGGAGACAAAUAUACACCAGAGAAGCAUCAUUGCAACAACAGAUGCUGCCGCACCAAUCCUUGUCUCAAUGGAGGGGUAUGUCAGGAGAUUUGUGACACUCACAGCACCAGGUUUAACUGUUCCUGUCCUAACACCUACUCUGGUCAGCGGUGUGAGAAGAUGAAACACCUGAGAAGCUGCAAAGACAUAGCUAAGAACGGUGCCUCGACAUCAGGAAAAUACGACAUCUCAAAUUCAGAAAAUGAACGGUUUUCUGUUUACUGUGACUUUCAGUCUGAACCUGGCUUUGUAUGGACGUUAAUACAAUCGUUUUCCUUUUCCAAGAGAAAAACCUUCAAAUAUGCAGGGUUUGGCAAAAACCUUGAGAUUGAUAUUGAAGAGGGGGAAGUUAAUUGGAACGAGUUCCGACUAUCCUUAUCACAGAUGCAGUAUCUUGCUAAUCACUCCACACAUCUGAGAGCAACUUGUAACUUUUCUACGGAUGGCCUGCAGUAUACGGACUACGCACGCGCUAAGCUGGCAGGUCAUGACAUUUUUGGUACCUGGGACACCUGCAAGAUGUACGAAUAUGUCAAUAUCCGAGGAAUCUAUUGUUCUAAUUGUACCGCCCUCACAAAACAACAGGAAAAUGUGUCCUGGCACAUAAAGAGUUACGCUAGCAUAAAUGUGGGAUGUGAAUUUGAUGGAAAACAAGGUGGAGUCCCCGGUGAAAAAAAUUUCGGAAAAUUUGAAAAAUCUUUAAAUCCUGACCACCGCUGCUCGUUUUCUCCUGCUUCUACAACGCAGAACUGGUUUGGAGCUAAAGUGACGAGUAACUUUUUACGAAUUUAUUUCCUUUCACAGAAGAGGAAAGACAGCCAACUGAAAGUAGGAAAAUAUCGGAGCAAGGCUAAGAACUAACAAUGACAUCAAGUGCCUCAAAGUUUGGUCCAAUUAGGAGUUGAACUUGAACUAAACGUUUAAUAUUUCAGAUAGUUACACUGACCCUUUAUCAUAGAGGAAUGCAGACAUGCACAAGAGUGACGUCAUAAGCAAGCUUAGACCUUAGAUACACAGGGUCCAUAUUUCAAUAAUUGAAGGAACUAGGCGGUCUCUGAGCAAACACUCUUUACCUGCGCUUUCAUCUUUUCAUGUAAUGUUCAAUAGAUAAUACACUUACAUCUUAAUUAAAAGUGAAUGGUCGAUAAAAUUGGUCUUUUUUUAAUAUUCGUCUUUGAAAACACAUUCAGAGCUCACCAUUAGUUGAUUUAUGCAAAUUAUUUUCAAGCAAGUAUUUACUUAGUGGCAGUGAGAGGUUAAUAAUUUCUCCUAGGUGAUAAAUAUGUACAGCUUUGCUUGAUUUUAAUGUUAGGGACUCGAUGCAUAACUGUGAGAAGCCCUCAACAGCCUCUCUUUGACAAAGACUAAGGUACUUAAGUGCUUCGUUAGGAUCACUGCUUACUUAGUAACAUUGCACAUUUGUUCUUAGAACAAUUUUUGAAAUGUUCAAAAUGUAGGAGAUGAAGUAGGUAUAGUAGUUGGAGCAGGUGUUUGUCAAGAGAAGCACCAGUGAAGUGUAAAGGUCAUUCAGGAUUGUUGUACAUAAUGUGAGACAUCAUCUUAUUUUCCCCUCAAAAAUGGUAUUAGAAUUGCGCGGCCAAAGUACCAUUUGACAAAAAAAACCGCUGACGUCACUUUGGUAACAUAAAAUCGAAUUCAGUCGAAUUCGGCAACGAGGGCGAUAUUGUGUUGCUGGUGCCCCGGCUCAGACCAGCAAAACUGUCAGAAUCGAUCGUUCCGGCACCGGGCAUAGAAUGUUUCAGUUCCCGAACGUUGUGAGAGGAAAAUAGGUGAAAUUUGUCUGCAGACAAAGACACGAUCUUAACGAUCCAACUUGGCCGUAAACGUCGCUUUGUUGGGCAAAUUUUGAACAAUUAUGCUAUGAGCAAAACUUGUCCAUAUUAAACAGCAUGAUGGAGACCCAAGGGAUGAAGACGAAGCGCUUUUUGAGAAACUACACUGUGCCAACCAGGGACACUAGUUUUGUGCGUGGUGUAAAUUAAAUUUCAGUGGUUCUGUACCGUUUCCUUAAAUUGUUUUCCUAUUUUUUCUCUCUACAUACUAAUACUGCUUAAAAAAGUCAUUCCAAACAUUCAGCUCCUUUAAUAUACAAAUAACCUAAAAGAAACCCAGUUGAAAUAUCAUCAAAGGUGGCGGAUACAAAAGUAAGGAGGUUGCGUGACGUAAUUUCCAAUUGGACUGUUACUCAGUUUUUGAACCUUUGCAUUUGUGGACUCCUUUAUAGAGAGUUCAGCCAAAAAUAAAGAGCUGGAGCCGGAUCGACCAUCAUUCAUAAUUCGUGUUCAACUGCCUCUUUUAACUGUGGCAAAGUCAAUUCCUCUAUGGAAACGAAGAAAAUAUUUCAAUAGCGAGAGAAUGAGUUUUGUCACCUAGCUGUAAGUAUCUAGUGAAAGACAAUUUAAAGAUUAAAUCACUAUUCUAAAGGCUACUGGAGAUCUCCUUUGUCUCUCUCUAGUCUCUACCGCUUCUUGUUGUGAAAUUACUUGUUUUUUUUUUGUGAUCACUAUUCUAAAGAUAAUUAAAAGACACAUUGCGACGUAUAUCCUCCCACGAAUUUAAAAAAAGAAAAAAAGGCUAUUAAGACACUUCUGAGGAGUACUAUGAAACAUGAUUUCUUGGAUUAUGUUUAAUGUUAUCUGGUUUAGGGAAUUUUGUGGUUGAUUGUCGUAUCUAGAGUACAAGCAGUAGUUCAGCGUUCGCUAAUGUAGCAAAGAAACAAAGUAAUUGAAAUUGAAACGAUCAUGCUAUUACAUUUGACAAGGGUGGAUGAUGUCAUGUGUUUUAAACGUAUAUCAUUUUUGUUUCUGGUUCAAAAGAAAAGGUUGGAAGUAAAUGUGGGUGAAAAGUGAAAUUUACUGUCUAUCAUUGUAAAAAUUAGAAAAUCAAGGCAAUACUGUCUUAAUGAAAACAUUAACGAUUCCCUCUUUAUCAAAUGAGACAAACGGGAACGAGUUUUGAGUGAUAUAACAAAGCCAAGACUGCCACGGUAAUUUUGGAUCUCCGCCUGAGUAGAUUUUAGUCACGUGCUAGGAAACGUAUAAUCGAUAACAAGAUCGAAUUUCAUUUCAGGCCUAUUUAUCAAUUUUGUGGUGUAUAACUUUCGCAUUUUAGUACGUAAUACGUAUUUUGAAUCUUCAAAUUGUCUUGAACCUUAAAAGAAGAUUGUUCGUUAAAAAUUCACUGAAAAUCGGUAGCUAAAACUGUUUGUUUAGGCGUUAUUUGAUUUUCGUGUUUACUUGUAAUUUCGUCAGUCGCCGGCGUCUUUUGUUGCUUCACACAGGAAAAACACGAUACGAAACGUAAUGAUCGAUUUUUCCCUCAAUCUCACGCCAUAACAGAAAAAGCUUUUGAACAUCUGUAAACUCCGUGCGCUUCGCAGUAAGUGAUAUUUUCAAUGAAUCUUCGGAUUGUUUUCAAAUUCAAGGAUUGUGAAUUACAAUUUUAUGAAAAAAGGAAGGUCAUUCUGUUAUUUCAGUGUGAAUCCUAGCAUGCCUGCCAGUCGCUGGCGCCGCUUGUUGAAACUAAAACGAAAAAAAAAAACACUCUUUUAAGAUUAUCACUGGCUUCUUUUUCACCCCACCAAUAUUCUUAGCAACAAAGGUCGCCAUUUCGUUUGUUUAUUGCUCGCCAAAAACUAUCAAAUGCACUCAAAAGCCUAAAAUCGAAAACAAGUUUACAGGAAUCGACCAAUCGAGCGAACGAAUGUUAUUCCCCACAUCGUAUCUAUAACUCGCUCUUGCGCAUGCGCGCUAUUCACGAGUUAAAAAGGAAUGUAGACAAACACAAGAGCUACGUCGUAGGCAACCUUAAAUACCCAGCAUCCAUAUUUUAAUAUUUGAAUUUUGCGUUUUUAGGCGGUCUCUCUGCAAACACUUUUUACCUUGACUAUUCAUGUGAUGUUCCGUAGAAAACACUAUUACAUUUUAAAGUCAAAAGCUCGAUAAAAUCGUCUUCUUUCACAUUCGUCGUUGAAAAGUUGAUUACUUCCAAUCUUUGAAAUUUUUUGUUCAAUGAGAAAAAAUCUAAGUGUGAAUGAAAUAAAAACUUCAUAUCAUGGAAAGUGCGAUGUGUCAAAAAUCUUAUUCGUUCGUUGCGCUCACUCGUUCAUUUUUCGUGGUGUAUCGCAACCCGUGAAUAAAAAUCGUUCUUACGCACUUUCCAUGGAAUAAUAUCUAUGUAUUCGAGAAAAACCCCGUUUUCAAAGCUUACUUACACGACGACUUCUUAUUUCAAGGAAUGCUUUUCCAAUUAAUUCCUAUCGCAUCCGUAUAAAAAAAAUACAGGUAUAUGCGUGUUCUGAAAAACAAAAGGGAAAUUCAAAACUACGAGAAAUUGCGAGUAAUCGCCUCUUUCUGCUACUCACGGGUUUUUUGGUGUAACACGCGUGUGUUUCCCAUAAGUUACGAGCACUUAACGCACGUAGGAAUGCUGCAAUCACGGUAUAAGCAAGGCAAAAUGGUUAUUGUCAACCUGGAGUGAUUAUGCGCGAUAUUUUGCCCGAUGACUCUUUGCCAUUUCGACCACUUUUCAAAUCAAGUUGACAAUCACUGAUUAAACACCUCUGAUUUCAAAAGAAACAACCCGUACUUCUGAGCAAGACAUUUGCAAACAUGAUACAAGGUUUUUAAGGCCUUUAAUGCUCAGCAAAGUACAUUUCCCAAAUGAAUGGGGCAUGCCAUAAAAAUCUUUGCUUAUAGAAACAUAUAGAUUAUUUCCAAUGGUCAAAAUAUUACUCAAAGUGGAAGAAGUCCAUUCACUGAUAUGUUCUACUUGAUGACAAAUAAUAGCAGUGAUAUUGCUACACAUUGCUUACCAGCAUUUUCACCAAAGAGUGCUUCAUUUCCUUAACUGUAGUCUCAGACACUAUUAUCAUUGGGUCAAUGAUAUCAAAUAUCGUAGGGCCAGGUUUUCCUCCACAUCAUUUGCUUGUCUUAUAAGCAACGGAAUACAAACAUUGUAGCACAUCAUUUGUGUAAACCAAAACAUCACUUGAUUCAACAUUUUGUAUGGUAUAACAACUUGUUUCAGUGUCAGCAAAUAAAACACAUUUAAAUAAAACGUCAUUAGCAUUAUAUUCCAAAACCGAUCCUUAAAACGCGAUGAGACAUCCUUUAUUUUCACGAAAUUGUCAUGAGAUCUGAUCUUUGAACGAAAUAGUUCAAUGGAGAUCCCCAUAUUUACUUGUGUUCUUGAGCGAGCAACAACAACAACAAUCCAACUAACUAGAAACUCAGUUUAUUAACAUAAAUAACACUCUUGACAGUUCAAGGCAAACAGUAGUUUCUUUCAGUUUGUGACACUUUGAGACACUCGUGAGACACGUUGCUACACUCUGAGACUCUUUGAAGUGCAACCCGCACAAAUAUAUUCAAGCCGACAAAUGUUGGCUUGCGAGAGUACAGUGACUCCUUUCAAUCCGACACAACCCGCACCGAAGGUCCAAGCCGAUAAAUGUUGGCUUGUGAAAGCGUAAAAGCUCCUGUGCAGCCUGCACUGAGCACAAGCCGCGUUUCAGCGUGUUGGCUUGCGUGAAAAAAUCUUAUGUUAUAAACACCUGAAAAAAUAAUGAAACAAACGCCUCAGAUUAUAAAAGAAAGAACACAAACCAGGUACACAAACGUAAUCGCCUUUCGUGAGAGCUUAACCGUGAAGCCCUCACAACCAAAUUGAAAAGUUAAAGCACGCAAAGAACCCGGAAAAACAGAAAAUGACUUAUCCUCACCUUGAAAACAAAAAUCCCCAGGAAACAAAAAUGAAAUUCCGUAUAAGCUCGCCAAAACUCAACAACUGAGAACAGAAAUGGCCGCUGUGCAAUCCACUGUGAAGAAACAACUAUAAAUUUCGCGGGCCUUGACAAAGUGUGGGAAAUCCCACACAAAAACUAUGGUGUUGCGUCGGUGGGAGAGUAUUGCAAAUUGCUCUGACGAAGGGCUAGCGCUCGAAACGUCAGCCUUUUCACUCGUUACGGUGGCAAAUUUACGUUUUCAACUCAGUUAUUAACACUAAAUUACGUUAGAAUCUGUGAUUGUUUUUAGCUUUGCAUUGCUUAGGUAGGAGAUUAGCCCGAGUUUCUUGUACCAAAAAUGCAAAGCUCAUGCAAUCCUGGCUCCCUUUUGAAAAGAAGAACAAAACUGCGUUGUAGUGGUAGUUAAAUAAUAAUUCAUGGCUUGUAUGCAUAAGCUAUCGUACGAAUAUGUUAAAAUACGCCUUACGAACCUUUAUAUAAACUUAUAUUUGUAACACAUGCAAUUAAUAUAACAUGGUUCUAAAUUAAAUUAAAAAGCCUAAAAUAUUGAAAUAUGUUACCUUCAGGAGUUAGAACAACCAAGGGUAAAGACCAACUGGGGUCUUAGUUGCUAUGCAACUAAGUUGCAUAGCUUAAGACAAAGACUGAAUUGCAUGAUUGCAUUAAGUUUGUUUGUAUAGGACUUGAUAGCUAUAGAAAGGGGCAGCAUAACAUUUCAUUUAAUCGCCUGAAUGCUGUUUCGUCAACUUACAUACUCUCAGAUGUCAGUUUGAUUAUUGUAUUGAGAGCGAAAGAGACAUUCGCAGUUACAUGACUCGAAAACCGAUCUCUUCUCCAGCCUUUAAAUACAUUUCAGGAGUCAGAAGGAUGACAGCAGUCCACUAUCAACUUUUUACACUAAAGAAACUUUACAUCUUUGGAGUCGAAGACGACUCACUUUGUAUCUAUUGUCAAGAGAAUGAGUCCACUAUGUAUCUGGUCGAAUGAUUAAAAAAAAAGUGGUUUAAUAACAAAAAUGCCUUCGUUUUCUCGCCAACUGGCUUCAGUCAAAAUGUUCAUUUAGGAAAGCCCCUUUCGAGACAGAUCUUACAACAAAAACUUUGAAUUUCUCCUUCUUCUUUGCUAAUUACUAUCAAGCCUAGCUUGGAAUUCCAGUUUUGUGUAACAUUAGUGUACAGGUUUGCUUGUGAAUAUUAUGAAAGUAAAGGAAUAAUUACAAUUUUUAUUGGAGAAACAACCAUUGUUUUCGCCACAAUUUUUCAACUUUUCUAAUUACCAAUUAGAAGGUCCCCUUAAAGCUAAAACAUGAUGACAUAAUCUCUAUCGUGUUCUGUUUAUGAAGCGCUUUACAACCCGCACAGGUACAAAAUUGAUCUAAUUUCAAUCAUUUACGAUUAUUUCUGGCUUCUAAAUCAAGUAUACUUACUUUACAAGCUAGAGAGAAGAUACGAAAACGAAAAAUUUAACCCUGUAACAUUUGUGAAGGUUUUUCAUUGCAAAAUGAUUUAAUUACGCUAAUUUCCAUGCAAAAUUACGGUUUUUGACUUAAAGUAUCCGUGGUCAUUUUGAAUUUCUGACAUUUAUAAAUUCUUUUCCAUGAGGUUUAUUCAAACGGGUGAGUACUGGUUAUUAUCUACUUGGCAAAAAAACCUCACGGAUGAUCAUUUUAGGCCUGACUGUGUGUCUCCGUUUGGGGUGAAUGACUAUAUUAAAAAAAGAAAAAAACUUGACAUCCACAAUAAUGCCUGGAGAAAGAAAGUUCCUUCGGGUUGUAUUCUAUUUCAAUGUUAUUAUAAUUAUUUCCAGUUUUUUUCUAGUAGACUCUUCAAUGAUGAAGUCUAACCCUACUCUCCGCUUUCUCUAGUUGACGCUUUUAAACUGUAAAUGGAUGGCAUGCAGUUUUCGAUAAUACAUAUCAUUCGGUUCCUGUUCUAAAUAAUGAUAAUCUUACAUAAUUUUAAGGAGUAUCAAUGAUAAAAAGAGUCCCAUGUUAUCAUUUAUGUUCCUUAUGUGCACAUCCUUCUAGAAAAGGGUCAGAGUUUGAGAACGACUUUACAUUGUCAUAUUUUACCAUUUUUCAUACAAUUUUUUAAAAUUGAUGAGUGAGACUUUACACAUCGUUGGGCGAUUGCAACUUUGAAUGAAAUAUCAGUGGCCAACUAGGUUGGCUAAAACAAAUUGGACAAAUAACAACCGGGCCUAUUGUUCGUUUUUUCUUGAAAAUCUUGAAAAUAUCGAUAAGUUGAGUGUGCAACGAACGUAAAACUUUCCAUCACUUAUCAAUUUCAACGUGGCGCCGAUGAAAGAAAAAUGGUCUUCGGGGCCCAUUUCCACCUGCAAGCUUAGCACGUACUGGGCGUUGGCUCAUCUUAGGAUUUUCCAAGCAGCAGUCGACUGAUGCAACAAUCAUGUAAGUGUACAAGAAUGAGGCCGUCCAAUGUUAAAAUUUGACAAAAUUAUUCGCAAGCGUUCCUUAGAAAAGGUUUCAGCUCGGUUUGUCCUCGGUGAGUUUUAAAAAAACCAAUGUUCAUCUCUGUGUCUUUAACACGGCAGCUGGUAAUUUAGUGAUCUAAACACCAACAGUCCAGUUGGAAUUUGAAGAACUGCGCGUGAUGAUAUGAAUAUCUAGCUUUGCAUUCAUGUUUUAAAAUUUUUCCUCGGUCUUUAUAAAGGCGGUUUGUAUGGCGAUAUGGCAUCGAAGAACGCCAUUUUUUGUUACAGAAAACUUAAGUUAUUUAGUCUAUAUUAUUCAAUUUACUAGACAGACGAAUAUCUUGAAGUGAUCUACUCUGUUAAAAGUGAAAUUCCUAUCAUGAGAACCAAAUGAAACAGGCUAUAGUAAAUGCCUGCCCCUUGCUUUAAGGCUUCUUUUUGUACGCAGCUUUUUUUUGAGGGUCACGUGUUUCAAAUUUGA